GCUGGCCCGUCACCGUGCCUCGACCCCUCCGAGGUUGUCACAUACCCUUACAGUUUACUUACUUCGCCUGUUCCUUGUCUGGCCCCGGUCCUCGUCCUACAUAUCGCGAGACCCUCAAAAUGUAGCUGGGCUGCCCACAUGAUGCCUUGUGCAACUUUGCUCUGUUGUUCCGUUUCGCUCUAGCUAAGACGUUGAGAUGUGCCGUCGUCUGUGAUACACGAUUUUGUACUCUCGUCAUGCUGUGCGCCCCGAGUCGGUCCCAAUCAACAGAGUGUUCAACGUUGAAGGGUUCAGGGAUAAGUGAUAGCGACAAUGAGCACCGCCCUGUUCGCCUGCUUUCUCUCGAUGGGGGUGGCAUCAGGGGAAUCUCGUCUAUCGUUGUUCUUAGAGAGGUGAUGAAGCAUGUCAACGCUGGUCGGGGUCCCAAAGAUGAGCUUCAGCCAUGGCAGGUCUUCGAUCUUAUCGGGGGCACGAGUACAGGCGGGAUCAUUGCCAUCAUGCUCGGGUGCCUGCAAAUGACACUCGAUGAAUGUCACGACGCUUAUAUCAAACUGGCCGAGUCCAUUUUUAAACCCAAGCGACACAAAUACAACGUCAUUGGUCGUACUAGGGACUUCGUCUCGGCUAAUGAGAGAUACGACUCGUCAAAGUUUGAGCAGAUCGUCAAGAAAAUCAUUGAGAAACGGAAGGGUAGCGGAAACGCGCCUCUGCGAGAUCCUCACCAAACCUCACCUUGUAAAGUUUUCGUAACCACGGUUAACGCCGACAAGAGCAAGCUCGUCCUCCUAAGGUCAUACGAUAAUAGGGAAGCCAAUAUAAGGGAAGCUGAAGACCAGAAGCCAGGCCGAUUCGAGCUCUGGGAGGCCCUCCGCGCCACCUCUGCCGCAAGCACCUAUUUCAAGGAGUACCGCCAUCACGAUAAUGCAGGCUACCUCGAUGGUGCGUUCAAGUGCAAUAAUCCCAUCUUCGAGGUCUAUCAUGAGGCGAAGGACCUGUGGCCAAAACGCGAUGUAUUCCUCAUCAGCAUCGGGACCGGUACAAAGCCGUCCGAGCCGCUGGGGGGACACGUUGUAAAGCUUGCGCGCAGUCUGACGAAGCUCGUGACCGAGACGGAGGAUACCUGGAGCGAUUUCCAUCGGACGUACAACAAUUUGGUUUCCAGUGAAAUGCUGUAUAGGUUCAACGUUCCGGGGAUCGGCGCCGUGAAUAUGGGGGACUAUAAGCAGAUCAAAUACGUCGGGACGAGCACGGUCUCCUUCCUCCAGGGCGAGGCUCAGGAGGCCGUCAAGAAGUGCGCCGAAAAAGUGGUGAAGAUCGAGACGACGGAUUAUGCCGCUCUGCGAAAGGCAGAUCCAUUGGUCCUCUCCGACGAAGAAAAAGCUUGCUUCAGGGCCCUCUACUGCGCAGCUGUGGACAACGAGUCGCAGAGGCUGGAAGUCGAGAAGGCCGUGCCGGGGACCUGCGAAUGGUUCAUCGAGCACCCCAAGUUCGCCGCCUGGCUCGCCGAGACGUCUGCUUCGAUGCUUUGGGUGACUGCCAACCCGGGUUGUGGCAAAUCCGUCCUUGCCCGGUUCCUGAUCGAUACGUUGAGUGGGGAGUAUGGCGAGAAUGGCCUCGUGUGCUCGUUUUUUUUCAAGGCCGGUGAAGAUAGGCGUCAUCAGGCGGAUCAAGCGCUUUGCGCAAUCCUCCACCAGGUCCUGACCUCGCAUCCCGAGCUAGUCAAGCUCGCCAUGGAAGACUUUUCUCGUAAAGAUUCCCUGUCAUUCACUAGCAGCAUCAAAGGGAUAUGGAAACUGCUAUGCGCGGUUUCGAAACGGCUUGGUCAUCUGCAGAUCAUUUGUAUUAUCGAUGCGCUUGAUGAGUGCUCCGAGUCGACUCGAGAUAAGUUCUGCGACGUACUGUCCUCCAACUUCCGCACGGAGAACGGCGAAGGCGAAGAGGCCCCGUCCAAUCUAAAAUUUCUCGUCACCUCUCGACCCUGGCCAAGUUUGGAAGCCCGUUUACGGCCACUGCGAUCGAUCCGACUCCGAGGUGAAGACGAGUCGGAUGCCCUUGCGCGAGACAUCGACAAGAUGAUAGAGUGCAAGGUGCGAGAACUUGAAGACGCCUCGGAAUUGUCAGCGAAGGCAGCUCGUACCUUGAGAAGGGAACUUAGCAAGGGGGCCGACCAGACAUUCCUCUGGGCUGCUUUGGUCCUUGAUACUAUUGCCCGCAUGCCCUCGAGAAAACUAAGCUCCAUCAAUGAGACGCUAAACGGUAUCCCGCUGAGCCUUGAUCAGCUCUACGAGAGCGAGUUGGCUGGCUUCAAGAACCAGCCCGAGUCCAUCAAGCUGCUCGAAACUCUGCUAGUGGCCAGGAGAGCACUGACCCUUGAGGAACUCAAUAUCGCACUGAACAUCACGGGCUCGACGCGGUCAGUUCGAGACCUCCAACAAGACAUGGAACCAAACAUCGAAUGGACCGUCAAACGACUCGGUGGGUUCUUCGUCCGCAUAAGUAACGCAACAGUCUCCCUGGUGCACAAGACUGCUCGGGAUUUCCUCUUGAAGAUCUCAAGAAUGAAUGGUAGUCCAACCCCCUCUCUCGUCAGUGAAACAAGAGCCGAACUUCAAUUGGCGACGUCUUGCAUUCGCUUUCUCCUUCUCGGAGGGAUCCAUCUGAGAGAAGGGGGAGUCCCGCCAGUAGUGGGACAAUGGGCUAAGUCAAACGAGGACUAUCUUGGCGCAGCCCCCCAAUGGCUGAGAGGAUAUCUCGAGUAUGCCUUGACAAACUGGUUCCUCCAUUGCGAGGAGUGCACAUUCUCCGAUAUGUCCUCGGAACUUGCUGGGCUCGUCAACAUACUCUGCGAUCCUAAAAGGGAGCAUUUCGCCAAAUGGUGGCCAUUCCAGGAUAGAAGGAUUUUUUCCUGUCGUGUUCCCCCCCAUACAGAGUCGUUACUCCUUCACCCCGAUCGGCACUAUGCUCAUCACGCCGCCAUCAGGGGGAGAUACGCUAUCGUGUAUGGCCUGGUCGAGUCCGGGUAUUCCGACGUCGCUGAUGAGAAUGACGACGAGCUACCACUGUUUGCCCUAGCCGCAAUCAACGGUACAUCGACCCUGCUCAGGUGGAUGCUGGGCCGUCCUUGUUGCGAAACGGAACUCAUCGGCAGUGCACUUGUCACCUCGUUGGGCGCAAGAAAUUGGGCUGCCAUUCAGCUGCUGCUCUCUACCCGCAUUGAUGUGAACAGGAGGUACCGUGUGGGCAAAAAGAAUCUGCCGACGAGUGAGGCAGCUCCAGCCGAGAUGGUCAUUCAUUCUUAUUUUGAAUUCUGGGAGCACGAUCCGGAGUGGGUGAUACGCCCUGAAGAGGACGAGGGAAGUAGCACGGACUUGCGUCUCUUGCAUAUGCUCAUCGAUAAGGGGCUUGCCAUUCGGGAAGAGCAUAUAGUCAGGGCCACUUCGCGGGGCCUAAAAGGGUGCCUGAAAGUGCUGUUGGAUCGAGAUACGAGACCGCUAGAGACGAGGCUCCCAAGCCUGAAAGCAGCUUACACAGAAGCAACGCUGAAAGGGUGGCCCACAUGCCGGAGGCUCGUCCUAGAAAGUUCAGAGGGUAAGCUUGCGGACGAUAUCGACGCUUCGAGUGGAUUGAAUGCCGCCGCUGUUCGGUACGACGUCACGGCCGUUGAAGAAAUCCUGCGUUUAGGAGCCCGCGACGACGGCGAGGCCUUAUUCGCGGCCUCUAAAUGGGGGGAUGACAUCUUGACUGAGAUGCUUCUGAAGAGCCAGAACUAUAACCAGUCUCAGCUCAAUCACGCUCUAUCGGUAUUCUUCGACAUGGCCAACGAUAGCCACAUAAGGAAGCACGUGGAGAAGGGAGGAAUGAAAGCACUCGACGGCCAAGGUUGCCGGCUUUUCAAGGCAUUUCCAAUUAUACCCACUUUCGGCGAGUCAGAAUUCUCGAAGUACAAGGUGGUCGAAAUGUUGACGGAAAGAGGAGCACGAUCAGCGGGAACCGGGCUCAUUCGAGCUUUGGUGACCGUCACCCCGAUGGACGAGGAGUACGGAUUGUACCUACUGGAAAAUAUGCACCGCCUGCAAGAAGAACCAGCACCUUUUCGGCGAGCGGAUGUUCUCCUGUUGGCCUCACACCUAUCCUUGCGGCGACGGCGUCCGGUUAUUCGCGAGUGGUCGAGAUGCUGUUGAAUCGAGGAGCGAGUGUGACAGUCAGGUCCCGUCCAACAAAUCCCGGAGAUAUUGGACCUGGGACGACGUUAAUCGACAGUGAGAUGGCGAUCUGGUGGCGUAAGAUCGACUUGCUCCUC